AUGGCUGUGAUCCCAGAAGUUCUGCCAACGACGGAGGAAGUGAAGAUCGAGGAUAUUCAUCUAGUUCCUGACGCAAGUCUGCCUGUGGAAGUGGAAAAACUACGCCAGGAGAUCUGGAAUAGUCGACAUCUACCAAUCCGCAAAGCGUUGUCGCCUGCUGCACGGGGGUUGUCAGAUCUGAUUAAAGAGCUACAGCGAGCCGAGAUCAUCAGCUUCUUGACGUCACUGUGGACAUUCUCGAUCGUGAUCAUCGUCAAGAAGAAUGGAGUAGACAUCCAACUGUGUAUUUUGAUUACCGACUGGUUUAUAGUCUGA